CUCCUCCUCCCCUCUCCAGCACUGGGGGUUGAACAGCUACACUGAAUUAUAUCCUCAGCCUUUUUUUUUUUUUUUUGAGACAAAGUCUCCUUAAGUUGCUAAGCUGCCCAAGCAGAAAUCAAACUUGUGAUGCUCAUACCUCAGCCUUCCAGAGUGCUGAGAUUGUAGGCUUUUGCCACUAACUACAGCCUGCUGGUUGUAGACAAGUCUAAUCCAAACUGGGCUAAUCUGAUCCUUGGGUUUUUAAUGGGUUUAGAGACCUGAUAUAAUAUAGUCUCUCUGGUACAAACUUUACAAGAAAGUAAUUUCAUAUUUGGUUAAAUACAGGGAGAGAAGUACAGAAAAUCUAUCCAUUGAGAGAGGACAAUGCCAAAUCGGUAACCUUAUUGUAAAUUUUCCUAUUUUAGAUGUUUCAUUCCCCCCUAAGUCUGCUUUCUCUUAGAUUUUUGAACAUAUGCUCUUUUAAUAAACUUCCUCCAACUAAGAUUGCUAAGUGAGAAUUUUUAUUAAAAAUUAUGUUUAGAUAUUCUUGCAUGAAUUGGUUAGACCUUACUAUUGACUUGAGAUAUUUAUUGUGGCUUUUCCUAUUAAUAUAACAUUUACAAUAAAAAUGGUGUUGACAUUCAUAGUGCGGAAGAGAUAACCAGAAGGUUUUGGUAAAAUAGAUAAUUUUGAGAAGAACUGGGAGAUCUUUUCAGUGGUACAGUUUUCAAAGUGUUUAACAGAAAUACUUAGAAAAUUCUGCCACAUAAGAGAUUUUAGAUAUCAUUAGUGUCAAAAUAACAUUAGUGUGAAAUAACCUUGACAUGGAAAAUGUUUCUAGCUUGCCUUAUUCAUGGAAUAAUCAUAACUUUGUUGUUAUUUCUUUUUAUAAUGUAUUUCUUUGGUUAAGAGGUGCCACAGUAUUUUGUCAUUUAAUGGAAAUACAUUUUAGAUCAAUAUGAGUUGUUUUAAAUUACUCCUCAAAAGGUCAUAGACAUAGGUACUUGAGAAGACAACAUCUUGUUUAUAUAACUUAUAUAAAGAACUAUAACUGCAACUGGAGAAGAACCCUAUCAGAAUUUUUUAAUUAAUUGUGAUUUACCCUCUGAUCGAUUUGACAAAUAUUUGUAGAGCAUCUACUAUGUACCAGGGAUUAUUUUAGAUAUUUGGGAUGUAGCAGUGAUAAAAGCAAGGUUAUAGUACUUAUAAAUGAUGAAAACAAAUGAUUAAAUAUGUAUACUUAUGCUAUAUCAGAUGAUAAGUGCUGGAGAGAAAAAAAUUUAAGACAAGUGCCCUCAUAUAAAUUUUCUCAUAUUUGGAAACUUUCAUAAAGUUAUACUUCUUUGACCCUGUGUGGAAAGGAUAUCAUUAACUGGAAUGAACUUGUAAUUUUUUCCUUGAUGUAAUUCAAUACUUGUCGUACAUAGGCUGCCUAGAAUCUACAUCCAGGGGAAUCAAUUUCUUUUUUGAUGACACAUUUUUAAGAAAUCACAUAGAUGUAUGUUAUUCAUUUUACAAGAUUACUGAUUGCUAUCAUGUCUUCUUUCACUGCUCAGUUUCCCUCAGAUACCCCCGAACUAUAUUAUGGGCUAUAGAAGGUAGGGAAGAUGUCUAGGUUGUUUGCUGAUGUAUUUCAAGAACCUGGCACAUAGAGAUCAGUACUUCUUCAAGAAUGAACAAUUAUGAUUGCAUGACUUAGUGAUUAAUCAUCUCCCUUCCUCCAAACAAUUUCCAAAUUUCUAAUGACUUCUACAAAAAUAGUAUUAAUGUAGCAAUUCGUUUCUAAGCAAAAACCAACGCAUGGUGGCGCUGCAGGCUAAGGCUUUAAAAGAGACCUCUGUAAACGCUAGGAACCCUAGAUCUCCAGCGGAAGAGAAAAGCCUGUAAAUAAAGUUCCGACCAGUAAGUCUUCAGAUAUUCCUACUUACCUCCUAUCCCGAGAGGUUAUCCAACUGACACAUCGAACCCUGUCUCAGUCCUAUUGCUCCCUGAGGUACUGCUGAGCCCUUUUCCUGGAUAGACCUCUGCAAAAGGAAAGAUGGAGGCCUGUGGGGAGCGGAAAGAAAGGCAAGUCCUCAUUCUCUUUCUCUUACUGGGAGUGGCUCGGGCAGGCUGGGAGCCCCAUCGCUAUUUUGUGCUGGAGGAACUAGAGAGCGGCUCUUUUGUGGCCGAUCUGACCAAGGACCUAGGACUGGGAGUGGAAGAGCUAGUUGAGCGGGGAGCCCGGGUGGCCUCCGAAGAUAAUGAACCACGCUUGCAUCUCCAUCAGCAGACUGGGAAGUUAUUAUUAAAUGAGAAAUUGGACCGGGAGGAGCUGUGCGGUCCAGCCGAGCCCUGUGUAAUGCAUUUCCAAGUGUUACUGAAAAAACCACUGGAAGUAUUCCGAGCUGAGCUACUAUUGGGAGAUAUAAACGACCAUUCUCCUGAGUUUCCUGAAAGAGAAAUGACUCUGAAAAUCCCAGAAACUAGCCCUCCUGGGGCUGUGUUUCCUCUGAAAAAAGCUCAAGAUUUGGAUGUGGGCAUCAACAAUAUUCAAAACUACAAUAUCGGACCCAACUCUCAUUUCCACGUCUCCAUCUACAACCGGGGAGAUGGCAGGAAAUACCCAGAGCUGGUGCUGGAUAAAGAGCUGGAUCGUGAGGAGCAGAGCGAGUACAGAUUAACUCUGACAGCUCUGGAUGGCGGCUCUCCACCGAGAACUGGCACAACCAAAAUCCAUGUCUUGGUCAUGGACGUUAAUGACAAUGCCCCUGAGUUUGCGCAAACGCUCUAUGAGGUCCAGGUACCAGAGAACACACCUUUAGGGGCCCUCAUUGUCAAGGUCUCUGCUAGGGAUUUAGAUACUGGGACAAAUGGAGAGAUAUCAUACUCCCUUUACACUUCUCAGGAGAUAGCCAAAACUUUUGAACUAAGCAGCUUUUCAGGAGAAGUUCGACUAAUUAAAUUACUAGACUUUGAGACAAUAUCCUCAUAUGAACUAGAUAUAGAGGCAUCGGAUGGCGGGGGACUUUCUGGAAAAUGCUCUGUUUCUAUUAAGGUGUUGGAUGUUAAUGAUAAUCCCCCAGAAUUAACUAUUUCAUCACUUACCAGUCCUAUUCCUGAAAAUUUCCCUGAGACAGAAGUGGCUCUGUUUAAGACUCGGGAUCGAGACUCUGGAGAAAAUGGAAGAAUGCUUUGUUCCAUCCAGGAUGACAUUCCAUUCACGCUGAAACCUUCCGUUGAGAAUUUCUACAGGCUAGUAACAGAAGGAGCUCUGGACAGAGAGAGCAGAGCAGAGUACAACAUCACCAUCACGGUCACCGACUUGGGGACACCCAGGCUCAAGACCCAGCACAACAUAACCGUGCAGGUCUCCGACGUCAACGACAACGCCCCGACCUUCACCCAAACCUCCUACACCCUGUGGGUCCCCGAGAACGUGCUGCUCUUCGUGGCGCUGCGGCUGUGCAGGAGGAGCGGGCCGGCCGCGCUGGGUCGGGGCUCGGCGCCCGAGGGCCCCUUCCCGGGCCCCCUGGGGGACGUCAGCGGCACGGGGACCCUGUCCCACAGCUACCGCUAUGAGGUGUGUCUGAUGGGAGACUCUCAUAAUAAUGAGUUCCAAUUCUUGAAGCCUAUUUUCCCCAAGAUUCUGGACCAAGAUUCUGGGAGAAAGUCAGAUGGUAGUUCAGCUUUUCAGAAUAAUUUAGGCAUCUGAAUCUCCUUACUUGGUAUGUUAGUUUUGUCUGCUUUGCUUUUCACUUUUUUUUUUUUAUCUUUAUAAUCAUCUCUCAUCCUUCUUUUUACUUUAUUCUCUCUUAGUAUGUUUUUUUGGUCUGCUGUAUAUCAUUUCUAUUAGUAGUGUUUUCUAUCAGGAAAUUUCAUAUUUCGGAUUAAAUUUUUAGUAUUAAUUCCUGAAGAAAGUUAACCCCGUCUAGUAAACAUAAUUCUAAUUUAAAAUAUAUUUCCCAGUAUGCAAAACUACAUAAAAUGUAAGAUUGCUCUUUUGUUAUGCUUUAUUUUAAAACGUUAGAAGGCUUUAGUUUUUAACCCAGUUGUGACAUUUCAAUAACCUUGUUUCUGUUUGAGAUGUAAUCAGUUCAUAUUCAUUCAUGUCCAGUUUCUUUCAAGAUCUCUUGAAACAAUUUUAAUUUGGAUUUUCAUUAAGCAGCAACAAGAAUAAUUUCAGACUAUUUCAGUGUCACAUUUGUAAACAUUAGACUUUUACUUUAAAAUACAUGGUGUCUCAUGAAAAUAUAUUUGCAUCAACUAUUAUUUAUCAUCUAAUCAAUGUAGAAAAAUUGGGGGGCUCUUCCUUAUCUCUAACUCAAGUUGUGAUACUGAUAAAGUGCUUGACAGGUGCUUUACUGUUACAAAGAUUGACCAUAUUUAAGAAGUUCCUACAGAGCCAAUUGGUUCUAUGAGGCCUAAAUGACCAAGUGGUGCAUUUUUUUUUCUUUGCAAUUGUCCCUUGCUAUUGAAGGGAAAUUCUCAAGUGAGCUCAAAAUUCUGGAAUUACAAGAGCUUCUGAUGUUACAGCAUGCUAAUAUUUACUUACUUUUGAAUGCCUAUAUUUUUUGUUUGAUAAAAAUUUAAAAAUACAUUGUAGUACAUGCUGCUCCUGGAAGUUAACCAAAUGAAAAAAAAAUUUCUUUUUUGGUACCGGGGAUCGAACUCAGGACCUUGUGCUUGCGAGGCAGGCGGCAGAACCACUGAGCCAAAUCCCUGGCCCUAAACAAAUUUAUUAAAGAAUAUGUUGAUGAAGGAAUUGAAUGAUUUGGAGAAAUUAUUUUGAGGAAUAAUGCCUAUCCCCAAAGAUGUCCACAUUCUAAUUUCUGGAACUUCUAAAUUUUUUUUUAUUCUUAAGUUCUUUUAUUGGUAUAUUUUAGGUAGAACUUCUAAAUAUAUUAUGUUACAUCAUGAAGAGAAAUUAAACUGUAAAUGGAGUUUAGGUUGCUAAUCACCUCAUUUAAUGUUAUUAUGGAUAAUUGGGGUGGCCUGGUUCAAGAAGUUGAAAGGUUUUAAAGGCUCAAAUGAGUCUUCCCUAAGAUGGAAUUCUGCCAAAGGACAGCAGGUUCAGUUUGUGCCUUAGUGUUCCAACCUGCCAUUCCUUACUAUCCGACAUACAGGUGUUGGAUCUGUCCGGCCACCUUCUACAAUUGGAUGUCACUUCUUUACAAUAAACAUCUUAGUGGGGACAGAGAUUUAGCUCAGUGGUUCUGUCGCCUGCCUUGCAAGCGGAAGGACCUGAGUUCGAUCCCCGGUACCAAAAAAAAAAAAAUCUUAGUAUAUAUCUUCUAUUGGCUCUGUUCCUCUGGUUAAAUCCUGACUGAUGCAGAUUUUGGUAGCUGGGGUACCACUGUAACAAAUACCUAAAGAUAUAGAAGUGGAUUUUGAGGCCCGGGGAUUUAGCUCAGUGGUUUCACCGCCUGCCGUGCAAGCGCAAGGACCCGAGUUCUAUCCCUCGUACCAAAAAAAAAAAAAAAAA